CAGCUGAUUGGCUGUCACCUGGUCAGCUGAUCGCAGGUCGUAAAGCUUCAGCAAAGCUUCAGUUCGCCAUCCCAGCAAUUGGACGUUUCAUUAAAGUUAAGGUUGCUCUUCCACCGUAAAACCAGUUAGUUUAUCAGUUCCUUUAAACACGAGCCCCGUCUACGGAUUAAUGUAACAGCUCUCAGCGGCGUUGGUUCGAUUUUAAGGACGGUGUUAGCUUUAGCUUAGUAAGCCUAGCUGUUUCUGCUCUACUUCCGGGUAGCUGUUCUCUCUUUCCGGUUGGCUCUAAUCUCUACUUCCGGCUGGGCAGAAGGGUGAAGUCUCUGAUCUCUGGUUUCUCUGUUCUCCGGUCUCCUCUGGUCCCUGAAGUCUCUGGUCCCUGGUCUCCUCUGUUAGUGGGUCUCCCAGGUCUCUUUAGUCCGGGUCUCCUCGGUCUCUGUAGUCCUUGUUUCCGGGUUUCCCUGGUCUUUGUAGUCCGUGUUUCCGGGUCCUCCUGGUCUCUGUAGUCCGUUACUCCGCAGCCCAGAGCUGCUGAUGGACUCCAAACACACACCGACGGCGCCUCCCAGUCGGAUCAGCUCAGCGACACCAAGCCUCCACCACCUGAGCAGCACCGCAGCCCCGCACCACCAAGCCCAGUUCAACCACACCACCACCCUGAGCAACAUGCAGGAACCAAACACCUGCUGGAGAUGUCAGACUGAAACAGGCUUUCAGAUAAACCUUUCUGGAGCUCCCCCAAGUAAACGCAAAGCUCUGAAGCUGAACUUUGCCAACCCUCCGAUCAAAUCCACGUCCCGGUUCACGCUGCACACCGCCGGGGCAGCCUUCCAGAACCCGCACAUAGAGCGUUUGAGGACCCACAGUCUAGAGUCGUCAGGGAAGCUGAAGAUCUCCGCGGAGCAGCACUGUGACUUCACGGCCGAGGACCUCAAGGACCUGGGGGAGAUCGGCCGGGGGGCGUACGGCUCGGUCAACAAGAUGGUCCACAAGCCCAGCAACCAGAUCAUGGCUGUCAAGAGGAUCCGGUCUACGGUGGAUGAGAAGGAGCAGAAGCAGCUGCUGAUGGACUUGGACGUGGUGAUGAGGAGCAGUGACUGUCCCUACAUCGUCCAGUUCUACGGAGCACUCUUCAGAGAGGGUGAUUGCUGGAUAUGCAUGGAGCUCAUGGCCAUCUCUUUCGACAAGUUCUACAAGUUUGUCUAUGGCAAUCAGGAUGACGUGAUCCCCGAGGAAAUCUUAGGAAAAAUAACGUUGGCUACUGUGAACGCGCUUAACCACUUAAAAGAAAACUUGAAGAUUAUACACCGAGACAUCAAGCCCUCCAACAUCCUCCUGGACAGGAACGGUAACAUCAAGCUGUGCGACUUUGGGAUCAGUGGGCAGCUUGUCGACUCCAUCGCCAAGACCAGAGACGCCGGCUGUAGGCCCUACAUGGCUCCGGAGAGGAUAGACCCCAGCGCGUCCAGACAAGGAUACGACGUGAGAUCUGAUGUGUGGAGCCUGGGGAUCACACUGUAUGAGCUGGCCACGGGUCGCUUCCCCUACCCCAAGUGGAACAGUGUGUUCGACCAGCUGACCCAGGUGGUGAAGGGGGACCCCCCCCAGCUCAGCAACUCGGACGAGAGGCGCUUCUCCCCCAAGUUCAUCGCCUUCGUCAACCUGUGCCUUACAAAGGAUGAGUCCAAAAGGCCAAAGUACAAAGAACUUCUGAAAGACCCCUUCAUCCAGAUGUACGAGGAGCGCCAUGUGGACGUGGCCACCUACGUGUGCCGGCUCCUGGACCAGAUGCCCGCCUCCCCCAGCUCCCCCAUGUACGUGGACUAACCCGGGCGCCCUCCCUCUCCGGCCUCCACCCCGAGACUGCUGCGCGGCAACCUUUUCCUCGUCUUCGGUCGUCAUGACAACCUGAUGUCCUCGCCCCCUGGUCCUCGUCUCCCGGUGUCGUGGCAACCCCGGGUCCCCCGGUGUCGUGGCAACCCCGGGUCCCCCGGUGUUGUGGCAACGUGAUGCCAUGGCAACAUGGGUGUCCUGGUGUCACGGAAACCUGGACCCCCCCCCAGGGGUCGGGUCAACGUGGUCCCCUGGUGUCAUGGCAACCUGGUGUCAUGGCAACGUUGAUGGACAUUCCUCCAACCCCUCCGUUGUCGUUUGUUGAGGUCAUGUGACUCAAUCUGUAGUUUUUAGGCUUUUAAUGUGAAACCACAACUGUUACCAUGGGAUCGUCAGAGAAGGCGGUCACGUCAUCUGUUGGUAGUCACAUGACCCAAACAACAACAAGAUGGUUGUCCCACGCAUUAGUCCCGGACUGUAGGUACAAAACAUGUAUAGAACAAAAUAAAAAAAGAUGUCAGAAAUGUAUAAAUUACCAAAAUGUAAUUUAAAACCAAACCUGGUGUAAAUGUGCUUCUUUCACCGCAGUGUUAAGAAAAUACUUGUUGAAGCUAAACGCGGCGGUGGUGGCGCUGUCUGUGUAAUAUAUGGACCUUCACUCUCAUCCUCUCCUCGUCCACAGUGGAUAAACACGCUUGUUUACGUAUGAUAGUAACUGAAUAUAUAACACGGAGAAGCUCGGCACCAAAACCUGGAAACUAUACACACAAGAGGAGCAUUUCAUCUUCAAGACUAUUACUGGAAUCACCGUCUGUAUGAGCAACCCAUCUCCUCCCUAUGUAUGUAAAUAAAAGCUUUGUGUUGCAAUUUAACGGUCGCUUCUUAGGGUAUUCAGCGGCUAACGCUUUGAUGAAUACAAUCACGUGAUACCUGCUGACUCUGUGCUGAUAUAUAAAUAAAUAAAGAGAAUGGAAAUAAUG